GACCACUCUCCCCGUUCACCUCAGGCACAAAGGUCGUGCUGCAAACUUCAGGCUGCGGUGGGCGGGCUGUCACUUACCGCCAGGCGAUUGGCCCUUGGCUCGGAGUGACGCAAAUCGCGAUGACGCCGCGGGCGGCGAUUGGACAACGUGUGAACUCCCGGACUGAUUCCAAUCCCUCAGUCAACGUGCAAGAAACAGAGAAAAAAGGACCAGGAGUGGAGGAGGAAAGUAAUAAUAAUAACUGGCUGAACAAAGGAGUUGAAGGAUCGGUGGAGAGGUUCUAGUUGCACGACUUCGUCAUUACGUUGAUUGAGAAUGUAAUUUUCCACGUGGAUCUCGAUGUGAGAGUUAAGGGGCGGAGAUGAGGUUCUAACUGGCUCGCACUACGCCAUCUAUCCAGAUCGUUGUGUAUUCUGCCAGACGAAGUCUGCUCGAAGUCGCCCGCCAAGAAAUCCUGGGAAUCAGCCCCUAUAAGCGCCGAAAUUUAAUACGAUUUCUAGAAUCAAGAUUCCAUUUUUCUAGAAGCUUGGUGUUAGCUUCUUACUCGUCGAAAAUAACCCUGAGGAAGGAACGAAACGAGGCGGAUCGAGGUGCAUUGGAACACUGAAGCAGAGAUUGAUGAAGAAAUGGCUACAAUGGAUAAUAAUGCUUCAUGAGCUGUAAUUUUGUUACAGAAAUUUUACAUUAGUGGCUCAACAUAGUCUCUUGUGCUGAAGAACGUGGGGCUCUGGCUGUAUGAAGAACUAAUUUGGCUUUUAUGGCAGAGAGCUGAAGAUCAGAAUCUUUUGCUUAUCCAGGGGGUAUCUCCCAGAAUUCCGGUAUACUUGUAUUGUCAUCAUUUGAUUUUGGAAAAUGCCAAUCCUGAAACAGCUAGUGGCCAGCUCCAGCCAGUCUAAACGUCGCUCCCGUGUAGACUUGACUGCAGAUAUGAUCAGUGCACCUCUUGGUGAUUUCCGCCACACAAUGCACGUGGGUCGUGGAGGUGAUGUCUGAGACACAUCAUUUCUUUCUAGCAAAGGUUGGAGCUACAGCUGCUGCUCCUGCGAAGCAACCCCUAAACCAGGUUUGCUCUCUCGGAAAUUCAGAAGCAGCAGCAAGCGGUCUCAGUCUGUAACGCGUGUUGAUAAGCAAGAUGUACUGACACAAAGUGAUUCCGCUAUUUUUGUGAAAAAAUGCAGUCUCUUCCCUCAGCUAAAUGAUAAGACUGUGAGCCUACUAAUCAAUUGGCAAAAAAGUCUUUCAUCAAGCCCCCUAAAAAAGCUUGGAAAUGAAGACCGAAAUAAACCUGUCAAUGGGGCUGCUAGUGUAGUUGAAAGUAAAAUCUAUAGAAUAAUCAAGAUGAGAGAGAUUUUGGAGAGUAUCACAGACCUUCCCACAUCUCUCUCCAGUGGUGGGUUUCCAUUAAAACAUGCUGAAUCCAUCAUGUCCUUCCAUGUUGAUCUUGGUCCUUCAAUGCUUGGUGACAUUUUAAGUGUUAUGGAAAAAGAUACCUGGGAAAAUAAUACUGAUCUUGGUUUGGGAGAAGCCAAGGAAGGUGACUGUUCAAAUUCACAGAAGGUGAUGACAGAGUUUGUGGAAGAUCCCUCAAAAUCAACAACAGUUUUACCAAGUACUGUUAAAGGUGUUGCAUAUAGCCCAGGUUCUGGGAGUUGCUUAUCACAAGGUAGUGGCUCUGUGUCAAGUUUGGCAUCUGGGAACAACAGAAGAGAUGCAGUCAGUUUAUGAAGGAGUUUAGUCAUGGAAAUACAGACAGCGUGAAAAAUACAGGUGAAUCCACAGAUGCCUUCAGAGAGGAAGGAAAUGAAGGUGAGGAAUUACCUUCAUGGAUGAAGAGGAUUAAAUCCGUGUGUAAAAAUUGGCCUUCAAAUCCGUGUGUUAUUGACUUAAAGAGCAAGAUGAAUUUGCCUGACCCCAGCAUUUGCUGAAUUAAUGAAGCAUGGCAGGAUUGCACUAGACUUUAACACCACAGACUCAAAAUUCAUUCUGUAAUAGAAGCUGUAACCAAAAUCUCCAGUCCAUAUAGACUAGCAGUAUGUGCAGAUACUCAUCAUGACUAAUUGCUUGCUUUGGUUGACUAGAAAUAAAUAUGUAAAAUACAUAUCCCAAAUGGUGCAAGUAAUGUGGUACCUUUUGUAGAUAUUGCAUACCAUUAUUGAUCUCGCAUUGUAGUUGUUGACUGUAAAUGUUGAGAUCAAAAAUGACUUGCCCCAAAAGAUGGAGUUUGUGUACUUUGUUUCAGUAGUUCUCCUUGUCUUUAGUUUAAGGUGCUCUCAAAUUUUCAGUUAGCUCCUUCUUUCUUCCUCUCAUUUGGUUGUUCCUGGACAGAUUUUUUGUGGUCUGUGCACACAAGCUCCUGCAUAGAGAUGGAUACAUGUCACCAAUAUCUUUGAUGCCAGGUUUUACACAUUUUAAGAUAAUGUAAUUAUUUUUCUACUCUCAACACUUCAGUAAUAACAUUUCAGCUGUUAGCUCCUACCAAAUCAAAGAUUAUCCUAAUUUUUCCAUAAUAAACAUCGGAGCAUUAAACAUGC